GUUAUAUCAAGAGUUAUAUUUUAAUUUAAAUAGAUAUUUUGUUGUAUGUUUUUUUCUUUCUUAUUCAAGUCGUGUCUAUAGAAGAUGGUGUAAGGACCGGAGCUCAAGCAAGCUGCGGUGAGGCGAAGUCGAAACUCGAACUUGCACUAGACAAAGACAUACCGUACAAUACAACCAAACAUAAUAACUAAAGAAGAAAAAUCCCAAAUUUCACGACCAGAAACCCAUUCCACUUUCCAGAUGGAUCAGCGUUCACUAAUUUUCGCAUUCUGGCUUUAAUGUUUGUGACAUCAACACGUGCUCUAGGCGUCCUCUUGCCUGAUCCCCCACACUUACCACCUCCCUUUCCACGAUUUACACAUUGUUUUUUCUCACCUGGAUUUGAAUCAAUCAACUUUCCAAAACGGAUCCAAGCGCUUCCGUUUGGGUUUUUAGUUUAUAUAUCUUGAGUAUAGAAGGGAGAGUAUUUAUUGGCAAUGGCUGAGAAUCACUUAGAUCAAGAUAGAUGUUGCUCAAACUCUACCUUUGGGAAUUCAAGUCAACUAAAAGUCUACCAGUUUUUCAUGUUUUGUGUUCCCAUCUUUUUCACUUUCAUUCUUCUCUUCUUGUUUUAUUUGUUCUAUAUUCGCCCUCGACGGGUCAAUUGGGCAUCACUUGGGAUGAGAACUUCUUCACAUAAUCAUCUUCCUGACAUUUUCAGGGCUGAAUUGGGUUUGAAGAAGGAAGUAAGAGAAAUGCUACCCAUUGUUAUCUACAAGGAAAGCUUCUCCGUUAGAGAUACACAAUGUUCAGUAUGCCUGGGAGAUUAUGAAGCAGAUGAUCGGCUUCAACAAAUACCUGCAUGUGGCCACACAUUUCACAUUCAUUGCAUUGAUCUCUGGCUUACCAGCCACACCACCUGUCCACUCUGCCGCCUUUCCCUCCUAUGCUCUGCUAAAUCUUCUACUGAAUUGCCUAACGUACAGGUGGAGAAUAUCCUAGUGCCUUCUGUUGCAGAGGGUAAUACUGAAACAUCUCUUCAACAGAGUUCUCAGAUUCAUGAACAGUUCUUCGAGUUGAGGAGCAUAGAUUCAGAAGCGGUAGCGAGAUCUCAUUGUGUUCAACAUGAAAAAGAAAAAUUCAUAGGACAAGUCGUUAAUGCAUGACCAUACUUGUGGCCUUUUGGGUAAUUUGUGAUUGGUACAUAAUUUUUUCAGAAAGCAGAAAAAUAGAUGUAUUUUUUGGCUAUAAGGAACAAUGAUUGAACCUAUUCACUUUUGUAGUGUCACCGAGGAUGUUAGUGAGUAGGAAUUAAAAACACGGCUGUCUGUUAGUGCCAUGAGAAGAACCUGUCACUUGUUAGGAUCACGAAUAAACUUCUUUGACAACUGAA